AUGAAGCCAGCAGAGAUCAGAUCCUCUCUACAGAGACCUCUACAGCACAGAGAUCCACACAUGGCUCCUACAAUCACUGCAGCAAGGACCAGUUCUCAAGAGCACCUGCCUCUGACCCACAAGCUCAGGAAGCCUCUGGUGGAGAAGUUACGCAGAGAGAGAAUCAACAGCAGCAUUGAGCAGCUCAAGUCUCUCCUGGAUCCAGAGUUCCUCAAACAGCAGCCAGACUCCAAGCUGGAGAAAGCAGACAUCCUGGAGAUGACCGUUUGUGUCCUGAGACGACUGCAGCAGCAGAAUCAUCAAGCUGUGGACUCAGCAGCUGUUGAACAGGGCUACUCCAGAUGUGUCCAAGAGGAGACCCACUUCCUGUGUGAGGAGCAGGUGAAGACACAGUCCCAGAGAAGACUGCUGAACCACUUCAACAAGCUGCAGUCUUCCUGUGAGAAGAACCUGAGAGACGCUGACUUCUCUCCUCUGAGCUCCUCAGUCCAGACCAGCAUCAGCAAAGACAAGAGUCCAGUGAGCAGCGCCCCCUGGAGGCCGUGGUAGACUCCUACAGGCUGGAGCUGCUACCAGACUGAGGGGACCACGUUGGUCAAAGAUGACUGGAAAGGAAUUCUUCUCAAUUCUACAAUGUUAUGAAUUUGUUCUUCUGGUUGUACAGAAGUUAUUUUGUCUCUUUUCUUUGAAGAAGAUGAUGUUUCUUGAGGAAAUGACAUCACGUUUAUCUUUCAAGUUGAGAAAGAGAGCUUCUUGUCACGCAUGUUGCAUGAACCUAAUCUGAUUGCAUCAGCAAUAAUUAUUAUACCUCACUGUGCUUCAUGUAUUGGUGGAGUGGUGAAAGGUAUGGAUACAAAUGGUAUCUUUCAGUUGUUAAUGAUCAUUUUGAUCAGAAACUUGAACUAACUCUUAAUCUCUCUGAUUACUGCUAACCGGUCUAAUAUUAGAUCCAAAUAUACAUUUUCUAUUUUUUUUUAUCUGUUUAAUGUCACAAUUUCUCGUGAUAUUUGUUACCUUGUGAUUCUUUUGAAUCAUUGCCAUCACAAUGUUAAUUGUCCUGAUUAUGGACAUUCCCCAUAAUUGUGUUUGGUGAAGAAUGAAAAAUGAUCUGUUUUAAGAUCAAUAUGUUUAUCCUUUUAUUGUUAAAGGUUCUUUUAAAGUCACAUUGUCAAAUUUUCAAGGGCAAUGAGAUAUUUCAUGUUUAAGAUUCAGUUGAAUCUAACUUUUAAUAAGAAGAACAAUACUUUCUUUAAGGUCAGUUUUAACUAUUUGUUUCGUUCACCAUGUGAAAAUGUUUGAAUCCAUUUUGAAGUACCAUGUCCUCAUAUACGAUAAACGGUUUGUCUUUCAUAAAGACAGUUGUUCCUUUACUCUGUGUGAGUACACUGUGUCUUGUAGAAAUCUACAAGUUGUUGUUGUUGUGAUGAAUCAUCACCUCCAGUUGGAGCUUUCAUUCUUCAUGUGGCUCACUGUGACUUUGUUG